AUGGGGUUAUCCCACGUCAAACUCCCAGGCCGCCUUUCUCGCAGUUCAGCAACCUCACAAAGGGAGAGUCCAGCCAUGCCUCCUUCCGGGAUCCAAACUCCUCAUAAAGACGAUAUUGAAGAAACAUGGGCGUAUCUUGAAAAAGGCGUCGAGCGGGUCAUGACCCAGUUAGAGGGGGGAAUUGAUAUGCUUACCUAUAUGGGUGUUUACACUGCCGUUCACGACUUCUGUACCUCACAAAAAGCUAUUUCAUCACCUGGCAGCCCAGCUUCCCAUGGUAGUCAUCGCGGAGCGCACCUUCUUGGGGAGGAGUUAUAUAAUCUCCUGGGCAUAUAUCUAUCCCGCCAUCUCAAUGAUGUCUAUGAAACCUCCCUAAACCAUUCAGACGAAGCGUUGUUGGCCUUUUACAUCCGGGAGUGGACUCGUUACACCACUGCAGCGCAGUACAUCAACCAUCUUUUCAAAUAUCUUAACCGCCAUUGGGUCAAAAGAGAAGUCGAUGAGGGGAAAAAAGAUAUUUACGACGUUUACACCCUUCAUCUAGUAAAAUGGAAAGAAGAUUUCUUCAAGAAGGUGCAAAAGAGCGUAAUGGAUGCCGUGCUGAAACUUGUCGAGAAACAACGGAAUGGUGAAACGAUUGAACAGUCCCAGAUUAAAAACAUUGUCGACUCAUUCGUCUCGCUUGGACUCGACGAGAACGACAGUACCAAAUCUACCCUCGUGGUAUACCAGUUCUAUUUUGAAAAGCCUUUCAUAGAGGCUACCAAAGUCUACUACGAAAACGAAUCGAAACGAUUCGUAGCUGAAAACAGCGUGGUGGAGUAUAUGAAAAAAGCAGAGUCUCGCAUCGAUGAAGAACGAGCCCGAAUUGACCUCUAUCUUCACCCCGACAUUACCAAAAAUUUAACCGAAACAUGCUUGGAAGUCCUGGUGGCUUCACAUUCGCCGCUGCUGCGGGAUGAAUUCCAAGCUCUCCUGGAUACCGAACGUCAAGAAGAUCUUGCCCGUAUGUACCGAUUACUCUCUCGAAUUAAGGACGGUUUGGACCCUCUACGUAACAAGUUUGAGACGCACGUUCGGAAAGCUGGGCUUGCGGCCGUUGAAAAGGUAGUGCCAAAUGGCGAUGCGGUCGAACCCAAGGUCUACAUUGAUGCCCUGUUACAAAUCAUGACGGUCUUCAAGUAUAUUGAAGACAAGGACGUUUUCCAGAAGUUCUAUUCCAGAAUGCUGGCCAAACGGCUCGUUCAUGUCAGCUCGGUUUCAGAUGAUGCGGAAACCAGCAUGAUUAGUAAACUGAAGGAAGCUUGUGGCUUCGAAUACACUAAUAAACUCCAACGAAUGUUCCAGGACAUCCAAAUAUCCAAGGAUCUCAACGCGAGCUACCGUGAUUGGCAAGAGAAAGUCCUGGAUGAUGAAGACAGGAAAAAGUUAUUGGACCCUCAUUUCCAGAUCCUCGGAACGGGAUUCUGGCCCCUAACCCCGCCAACAACGCAAUUCAUCCCCCCUCAAGAAAUCGUCAAGACGACAGAGCGUUUCAAGAACUUCUACUUCGACAAACACAGCGGUCGCAAACUUACAUGGUUAUGGAAUCUAUGCAAGGGCGAAAUCCGCGCAAACUACAUCAAAAACACGAAAGUGCCAUACACAUUCCAAGUAUCUACAUACCAGAUGGGAAUUCUCCUCCUCUUUAACGAAAGUGACACGCUGAGCUUGUCCGACAUUGAAAAGGGAACAGCCCUCGCCCCGGAAGUUACUGAACCCAACCUUGGCAUCCUUGUCAAGGCUAAGGUCGUCAUCCCUUCUCCAGAGGAUGGCAAACCGUGUCCGGGGACGUCAUAUGCGUUAAACUACAAUUUCAAGGCGAAGAAGAUUAAAAUCAAUCUAAACAUUUCCGUCAAAUCGGAGCAGAAACAUGAAACGGAUGAUACACAUAAGACUAUUGAUGAGGAUAGGAAACUUUUACUCCAGUCCGCCAUCGUCCGGAUCAUGAAAUCGCGAAAGAAGUUGAAACAUGUCCAACUCGUGCAAGAAGUUAUUCAGCAAGUGAAAGCCCGCUUCCCACCCAAGGUACCGGAUAUCAAAAAGAAUAUUGAAGCCCUGAUGGAGAAGGAGUAUAUUGAGCGGCUGGAUGGUGAUGAUUUGGCAUAUAUUGCUUAA